CUUCUUACAGGACCGGCAGUAUUGUUUACUGCGAUAUUUCAAAAACACGAGGUUUCUGGAGAUUGGAGGGAACAUAUGAUGCAAUUGGCCGUGGGAUCAGUCAUAAGUACAGUCGUUUAAUUUGUUCGCAGAUUCUCGCUAUUCUUUGGAAGAUCUCAGGCGUAGACGUCAUAAAAUUUCGAUAAUUCUGACAGGCUGACGGACACGUGCGAAGCUUAUUUUAUUUUUACGCCACGAAAACCGCGUGACAGAACGCGGUGCGACGUCGUCGGGUACGCAAGCUAGUGUUCCUAGAGGAACUCUUAAUGCAAGCUCGAGAUGCUGCCCAUUCUGCGUCUUGGUGCACGUGUGGUGUGCACUCGACAUGCAGUACGUUGUCACGCUCCAAUUUUGCGCGAACCAAGCGUCACCGGAGCACUCCAUCACGUGAGAUUUACUCACGAGGACAGUGGCACUCGUAUAGAAUUGGGCAAAUUAGAGGGGAAGAUGAGGCUAAUGUUUACAUGCAAGAAAUGCCAAAUGAAAACAAGCAAGCUGAUAUCGAAGCUGGCGUACAAUAAAGGAGUAGUGAUAGUGAGAUGCGACGGUUGCAGGAACAAUCAUCUUAUUGCUGAUAAUUUAGGAUGGUUCUCGGAAAUCGGUAAAAGAACAAAUAUCGAAAGAAUCAUGAAACUGAAGGGAGAGACUGUGCGAAAGGUAAUAAAUGAUAUGGAUGGCUAUUACGAGGCCAUUUCGAAGGAGGAGUUCAAGACGCAGAACAAGGAUGCUGAUGAAAUAAAACCAGACGACGAAUGUUCUGAUAAAAUUAAAAUGAUUGAGAAAUCACAGGGAAGUUAAAAUUCCUUUUGAAUGCUAGCCUUUAUUCUCCAAAUAAAAGUAGAAUAUAAGUGUAGGCAAGUACAAAAUGUUUUGUUAUAAAUUUAUUGCAGAAUUUGUAUGUUUAUAAUAUGUAACGUUAAUAAAUACAGCCAUAAAAUGUAUGCAAGUUUUAUAAAUGUCGAAUAUACUGAAACAAAUCAUUAAUUUAUGUUUAGGUGAAAGUAUUGUCGCGCUGUGGUUGGAACAUAAUUU